UUGGUUUGUAACAACCCUUAGAGUUUUACUUAUGUUCCCGAAUACUCAAGAAUAACUUUAACCACAGAUUUUCAGAAAUAAACAUUAAGCAGAUAGGUAGAGAAAUAGCUAUAGGCCUACACACACUAGGCAGUUAUAUUAAAUCAUUUAUACACAGCACAUUUAAUCAUUCCAUGUAUGUUAUAUUAGUAAUAGGGAUAACUAUGAUAACAUGUAAUAACAUAUAUAAAUAUUCAUUUUCAGUAUACAUUUCUUCCUCAUGUUGCCAUUUUAGAUAUUUUUAACAAACCAAACCGCUUGGAAAUCAUGUGCAACUUAGGUUAUGUUGAAACAAAAGAGCAUUUCUGCCUUUCCCACUGAUGUAAAAUUGCUCGGUCAACUUUAUAAUAGGUGGUCUCAUUCACAGCGAGUCUGUAAGCCAAACUGAAAAACACAAGCACAUCCACAAAGACUGUCACUUAGACUAAAUCAAUAAAUAAAAAAAAAUAAAAAAUAGUCUGUCAUACAAAACAAUAAAAUCUCAAUUGUGGUCUCAGCCUUGACAACUCACGCAAAGCGACUCAAAGUUAGCUACUGCGCACAAAUAGCCGUGAAACAACUGUGCUGCACGAUUAAGUCUUUUUUUUUUCUCAAAGAAAAUCUCCCUUUUCAAUAUGUCCAAGAUCCCAACUCAUAGCCAUGAUUUCAAGGGAUGUAAUAAACAAAAGCAUUUGUAAAUCUGUCAGUUAAGAGUAUUUUUGAUCAUGCAGAUUUGUCACCUUACGUCAGCUACCAUACAGUAGAGCGUACCAGAAUGGUAUACUGAAGUAAGAUGGCCGCCGUGGACUGACACCAGUGACUUUGCCUAGAUUCAUCUAGCCUUUCUUACAGAUAUCUAUGGUUUUCAUGGUCAAAAAGAGGACAAAACGUAACACACAUGGGCGUGGUAGUGGGGGGAAAGGGGACCUGACUACCCAGGGCCCAAGUAGGGAGAGGGGCCCAUGGAAAUCCUGUGUUGUGAUGUUUUUAUUUCAAAUGAAUUGGGCCCCCUCUAAUGAAUUGUGGUCAUAAUUAAUUCAAAUAUAUUGAUAACAUCAACUGAGAGAAUGAAUUUAUUUUACAGUCCUCCCAACAUACUGAACAUUCUGGGGGCCCCCCUCUUGAAGGCGCAAAAUGGUCUAGUCCGACUGACAGCGGCUUGCAACAAGUGUAACAUCAGUGAGCCCAGAUUGAAUGACCUGGGGAUUAUGCUGAGUUCGAGUUACCUCGGAACCCAGAAGUCCAACUGAAAAUGACGUCACACCCGAGAUACCAGCGUUUCAGUUACCAAAUCAGAAAAAAGCAAAAUAGGAGUCGAAAACAAAAUGGCUACAUCUACGAAAGUUAUUUUAGCACUUGCCUUAUAUUCAGACAAGGCCAGCGCUAAAAUAACUUUCUUAGAUGUAGCCAUCUUGUUUCAGAUGAGGGGAGGACAGGGGGCCGUCUUCGAAUUCUCCUACUAUACUAGCAGAAAAAGACAGAACACGUUUUGAUGGCUGGCAUUGGGCUAAAAAAUCAUGAAAAAUCAAAUUACAAAACAUAAAAGUUUUUUCAGUGUGUAAAUGAAUGGGUAACUCUGCAGUGUUGUUGCAAUUUACCAGGGUACGAUGUACUUUUCCCUACCGGAAACCGGCUAAACUGGGCCAACCAAACUACAAAAGCAAAAUGGGAGGCCUGAAACAAGAUGGCUACAUCUACAGGAGUUAUUUUAACCAUGCCUUGUCCAAAAAUAACAUUUUGCUCGGGUGAAAAGUUUCGCCGCUCUCUGCUAUUCCGCUGUCUGCCCAGGUGCUUUGCAUUGUGGGUAACAGUAGGCGAAGCAGACUGGUCUGCAUACUAAAUGCAUACUAAAUUUUGGGCAAAUCAGUACGUACUGCUAGUAUAGUAGGAGAAUUCGAAAACGGCUAAAAACAGACUAGAAAAACAAGGAAUCAAGGACUACAAAAUAAAACAGGAAACACUGAAAACUGAUCUAAAGAAUAAAACACAGAAAACAGGAGGGAAACAGGGUCAAAGACAAACUGAAAACUCACAAGACAGGAUCACAGGGGAACAGGAACACUAGUGAAAAUACACAACAUGCACUGAAAUAACAAAACCAGGUGAAAAGUCAUAAACCCUCAGAUUAAACCAGAUUAAGCUCCUCAUUUCUCUUGCUUACGAUCAUCUAGACCUGACAUCUGUGAGAGACCAGUUUUCCAGCUGGGCACACUGGAGAAGAUCACCUUUGUGGACAGGAGAGAAAGAGGAGACGCAGAUUAGAAAAAGGAUUAUGAGGAGAGUAAACAGAGAAUAAACAAAACCAAACAACAAAUAAAGAAAGAAAACAAGUUAGAAAAACCAACGCUCCCUCAGAGGUCAACAAGCCAGAGAGAAAGAGAGAAAAAGAGAGAGAGAGAGAGAGGGGAAGAGAGAGUGUUUAUAUGUGGUGUAUAUUCAUAUAUGUGUGGAUAUCAGGAUAAAACAGUGGAAGUGUUUCUGUGAUUCAUGAGGUUUAUAUGAGGGGAAUAAAUGUUGAUGUAUUUAGUAGAAUGUUGGUUCAGUUGAUCUUCAGGACGGCUGCAGCUUUAAGAACUUCUGCUUGUUGGAGUUUGAGAGUCUAAAGUUCACAUCCCCGCUCCUCUUCCUGGAUUGUAGUAAAGCUGGAUUCCCCUCCCUCCUCUCUCACACAGCUCACUCCACUCUGCUCACUCACUUCCUUGCUCCCUCCCCUUCAGAUCUACAGUUGAGGUUGGGUGUAACCUCCGUGUGCUGAGCUGAUCCUGCUGACUCACACAUGUUGUUGAGAUCAGAGCUCAGACUAGUUUCACUUCUCAGGAAAUGAAACUCAGUCAGUCGUCGUCGACAGCGAGUGUUGAAAUGGCGCAGAGAGGAGUUCAUCUGGACCGUGAGUCUUUCUCUUGUUCCAUCUGUUUGGAUCUUCUGAGGGAUCCGGUGGCUGUUUCCUGUGGACACAGCUUCUGCAUGAGUUGUAUUCAAACCUACUGGGAUAAAGAGGAUGAGAAGAAGAUCUACAGCUGUCCUCAGUGCAGACAGACCUUCACACCGAGGCCUGUCCUGAUGAAAAACACCAUGUUAGCAGUUUUAGUGGAGGAACUGAAGAAGAGCGGACUCCAAGCUGCUCCUGAUGAUCCCUCUGAGGCUGGACCUGAAGAUGUGGCCUGUGACGUCUGCAGUGGGAGAAAACUGAAAGCUGUCAAGUCCUGUCUGGUCUGUUUGAUCUCAUUUUGUGAAAAACACCUCCAGCCUCAUUAUGAAUCUCCUGCCUAUGCUAAACACAAGCUGGUGGAGCCCUCCAAGAAGCUCCAGGAGAACAUCUGCUCUCGUCAUGAUGAGGUGAUGAAGAUGUUCUGCCGCACUGAUCAACAGUCUAUCUGUUAUCUCUGCUCUGUUGACCAACACAAAGGCCACGACACAGUCUCAGCUGCAGCAGAAAGGACUGAGAGGCAGAAAGAUCUGGAGGAGAGUCGAGAAAACAUCCAGCAGAGAAUCCAGGACAGAGAAGAAGAUGUGAAGCUGCUCCAACAGGAGGUGGAGGCUAUCAACGGCUCUGCUGAUAAAGCAGUGGAGCACAGCCAGGAGAUCUUCAGCCAGCUGAUCCGUCUCAUGGAGAAACGCCGCUCUGAGGUGGAGCAGCAGGUCAGAUCCCAGCAGGAACGUGAAGUGAGUCGAGUCAAAGAGCUUCAGGAGAAACUGGAGCAGGAGAUCACUGAGCUGAAGAGGAAAGACGCUGAUCUGCAGAAGCUCUCACUCACAGAGGACCACAACCAGUUUCUGCACAGCUACCCCUCACUGUCAGAACCGGGUCAACCUGCAGACUCAUCCAGAAUCAACAUCCGUCCUCUGAGAUACUUUGAGGAGGUGACAGCAGCUGUGUCAGAGGUCAGAGAGAAACUCCAGGAUCUUCUGACAGAGACGUGGACAAACGUCUCACAGGCAGUGACUGAAGUGGAUGUUUUACUGUUAGGACCACCAGAACCAGCAGAACCCAAGACCAGAGCUGGUUUCUUAAGAUAUUCACAAAGAAUCACACUAGAUCCACACACAGCAAACAGACAACUGUUAUUAUCUGAUGGAAACAGAAAAGCAACAUUGACAGAACAACAACAGUCUUAUCCUGAUCAUCCAGACAGAUUCACUUAUUGGAUUCAGGUCCUGAGUAGAGAGAGUCUGACUGGACGUUGUUACUGGGAGGUGGAGCGAAGAGGGGGCGGGCUUUGUCUAGCAGUCGCAUACAAGACUAUCAGGAGAGCAGGGAACUCAGUAGAUUGUAGAUUUGGAUACAAUGAGAAAUCUUGGAGGUUCGAGUUUCAAAAUGACAAAUAUGAAUUUCUGCACAACAAAGUCAUCACUCCUGUCUCAGGUCCUCAGUCCUCCAGAGUAGGAGUGUACCUGGAUCACAGAGCAGGUAUUCUGUCCUUCUACAGCGUCUCUGAAACCAUGACUCUCCUCCACAGAGUCCAGACCACAUUCACUGAACCUCUACAUGCUGGACUGAUACCCUACAGUUAUGGAGACUCUGCUGAGUUUAUUGAACUGAAAUAAAGAGAAUUUUGAGUCCAUCAGACCAAAAUCAUGGACUGAGAUCCUUGAACUCUUGAAAUGUUCUGGUUUGUAAAUGUUUGUGGAUCAGUCUCACCAAAAACUCUGGGUUUAGUUCUUCAUUUCAGCUUUUUGAUUCUUCUCUAAAGAUGCUGAUUUGGUCGCAGCUUUAAGGACAGUGACUGUGGAGAACUUUGAUUGUUUGUAUUUCUCAUGUUGAAAAAUCUUCAUAAAGUUUUAUUAGCAAAAACAUCAAGAUGAUCAUUUGUGCAAAUCACCUUCAGUUGGUGCAGAUGUUGAAGGUCUGAGACUUUAGAAAAAAGUGAGGUCAAAAUCACAGAAAAAGGACGACCUUCUUUUCUGUCCCAAAUCCAAGCGUCUAAAGUCUUUCCAGUCGUCCCCAAAAACACUUCAGAUGAUCUGUUUCUUUCUCUGUUUGCUGAAUAUUUGUGUUCAUGUGAUCGAUGGAUAUUUCUGUCUGCUUCUGUUGGAUCAGUGUGUUUGUAAAGACAUCUAGAAUCAGACUUUGGACAGAUCUACAUGUUGUUAUGAACUUUUCAAUCACUCUAAUAAUAAUAACCACAUUUAUUAGUCCGACUGUUUUUAUGUUUCUGACUCAGCUCAGAUUGUGGUCAAGUCUCUGAUUGUGGGUGAAAAAAAUAAAAAUCAUCAAACUGAGUCACUGAAAUCACCUCGUCUGUUUUUCUUUAUUUGGUCUGUUUCUGUUGGAUGUCAUGUUACCGGUCCGUCUGGGUCAUGGAUUCAUGUGGUCUGCAGGAUUUCCAUCAUGUUUUCACUCACAGGUGUUCCAGGUCCCAGUUGUGAGUCCUUCAGCUGGAUCAGGUUUUCUUUAAACGAGAGGUAAAAGGCCGGCUGCAGGUUGUGUGUCUUUCUCUGAUUUCUGUCAGACCAAACUAAGAAAUACAGAGAGAGAAAUUUUGAUUUUAAAGACAAACUUUAUUCACAGUUAGUUAUAAAUAUUUACAACGGAAAGAGAAAAAAAUAAUGAACACUGAGUAUCAGGUGAACUUUUCUACAUAUUGAUACAAAGACUGAAAACCAGUUUCUCCUCCUGAACAGAGCAGAUGAUGUCUCUGAAAAACCACAUCAGACACAGUCUUGGAGAAGCUCAAGUCCACCUGCACUCUGGCUCUCACCCAGUUUCUUUUUGAGUUGUCACCUGCUCUAAAGACAGAAAAAAAGCCAAAACCAAAUGAAUAACCAGAGAGAAAGAGAGAUUAUUAUAUUACACACACACACACACACACACACACACACACACACACACACACACACACACACACACACACACACACACACACACACACAACGAAUCAACGACUACAAAAUAAAACAGGAAAUAAACACUGAAAACUGAUUUAAAGAAUAAAACACAGAGAACAGAAGGGAAACAGGGUCAAACACAAACUGAAAAAACUCACAAGACUGGAUCACAGGGAAACAGGAACACUGGGGAAAAUACACAACAUGCUCUCAAAUAACAAAACCAGGUGAAAAGUCAUCACCCCUCAGAUUACACUAGAUUGAGCUCCUCAUUCCUCUUCUUGUUUAGGAUCAUCAAGACCUGACAUCUGUGAGAGACCACACGGCUCAGCUGGGUACACUGGAGAAGAUCACCUCUCUGGAUGGCAGAGAAAGAGGAGACACAGAUUAGAGAAAGGAUUAUGAGAAGAGUAAACAGAGAAUAAACAACGAGCACAAACCAAACAACAAAUGAAGAAAGAAAACAAGUUAGAAAAACUGACGCUCCCUCAGAGGUCAACAAGCCAGAGAGAGAGAGAGAGAGAGAGAGAGAGAGAGAGAGAGAGAGAGAGAGAGAGAGAGAGAGAGUGUUUAUAUGUGGUGUAAAUUUAAAUAUGUGUGGAUAUGAGGAUAAAACAGUGGAAGUGUUUCUGUGAUCGAUGAGGUUUAUAUGAGGUGAAUAAAUGUUGAUGUAUUUAGUGAAAUGUUGGUUCAGUUGAUCUUCAGGACGGCUGCAGCUUUAAUAACUUCUGCUUGUUGGAGUUUGAGAGUCUAAAGUUCACAUCGCCGCUCCUCUUCCUGGAUUGUAGAAAAACUGGAUUCCCCCUCCCUCCUCUCUCACACAGCUCACUCCACUCUGCUCACUCACUUCCUUGUUUCCUCCCCUUCAGAUCUACAGUUGAGGUUGGGUGUAACCUCCGUGUGCUGAGCUGAUCCUGCUGACUCACACAUGUUGUUGAGAUCAGAGCUCAGACUAGUUUGACUUCUCAAGAAAUGAAACUCAGUCAGUCGUCGUCGACAGGGAGUGUUGAAAUGGCGCAGAAAGGAGUUCAUCUGGACCGUGAGUCUUUCUCUUGUUCCAUCUGUUUGGAUCUUCUGAAGGAUCCGACGACUGUUAACUGUGGACACAGCUUCUGCAUGAGCUGUAUUCAGUCCUACUGGGAUAAAGAGGAUGAGAAGAAGAUCUACAGCUGUCCUCAGUGCAGAGAGACUUUCAGACCGAGGCCUGUCCUGAUGAAAAGCACCAUGUUAGCAGUUUUAGUGGAGGAACUGAAGAAGAGCGGAGUCCAAGCUGCUCCUGAUGGUUCCUCUGAGGCUGGACCUGAAGAUGUGGCCUGUGACGUCUGCAGUGGGAGAAAACUGAAAGCUGUCAAGUCCUGUCUGGUCUGUUUGAUCUCAUUUUGUGAAAAACACCUCCAGCCUCAUUAUGAAUCUCCUGCCUAUGCAAAACACAAGCUGGUGGAGCCCUCCAAGAAGCUUCAGGAGAACAUCUGCUCUCGUCAUGAUGAGGUGAUGAAGAUGUUCUGCCGCACUGAUCAACAGUCUAUCUGUUAUCUCUGCCCUGUGGACCAACACAAAGGUCACGACACAGUCUCAGCUGCAGCAGAAAGGACUGAGAGGCAGAAAGAUCUGGAGGAGAGUCGAGAAAACAUCCAGCAGAGAAUCCAGGACAGAGAAGAAGAUGUGAAGCUGCUCCAACAGGAGGUGGAGGCUAUCAACAGCUCUGCUGAUAAAGCUGUGGAGCACAGCCAGGAGAUCUUCAGCCAGCUGAUCCGUCUCAUGGAGAAACACCACUCUGACGUGGAGCAGCAGGUCAGAUCCCAGCAGGAACGUGAAGUGAGUCGAGUCAAAGAGCUUCAGGAGAAACUGGAGCAGGAGAUCACUGAGCUGAAGAGGAAAGACGCUGAUCUGCAGAAGCUCUCACUCACAGAGGACCACAACCAGUUUCUGCACAGCUACCCCUCACUGUCAGAACCGGGUCAACCUGCAGACUCAUCCAGAAUCAACAUCCGUCCUCUGAGAUACUUUGAGGAGGUGACAGCAGCUGUGUCAGAGGUCAGAGAGAAACUCCAGGAUCUUCUGACAGAGACGUGGACAAACGUCUCACAGGCAGUGACUGAAGUGGAUGUUUUACUGUCAGAACCACCAGAACCCAAGACCAGAGCUGAUUUCUUAAGAUAUUCACAAAGAAUCACACUGGAUUCAAACACAGCAAGCAGAGAUCUGUUAUUAUCUAAUGGAAACAGAAGAGCAACAUUAACAAAACAACAGUCUUAUCCUAAACAUCCAGACAGAUUCACUCAUUGGGUUCAGGUCCUGAGUAGAGAGAGUCUGACUGGACGUUGUUACUGGGAGGUGGAGCAGAGAGGGAAAGGGGUUGAUGUAGCAGUCGCAUACAAGACUAUCAGCAGAGCAGGAAACUCAAGGGAUUGUGGAUUUGGAUACAACGACAAAUCUUGGAGGUUAGAGUGUUGUAAAGACGGUUAUAAUUUUAAGCACAACAAAGUCGUCACUCUUGUCUCAGGUCCUCAGUCCUCCAGAGUAGGAGUGUACCUGGAUCACAGAGCAGGUAUUCUGUCCUUCUACAGCGUCUCUGAAACCAUGACUCUCCUCCACAGAGUCCAGACCACAUUCACUGAACCUCUACAUGCUGGACUGAUACCCUACAGUUAUGGAGACUCUGCUGAGUUUAUUGAACUGAAAUAAAGAGAAUUUUGAGUCCAUCAGACCAAAAUCAUGGACUGAGAUCCUUGAACUCUUGAAAUGUUCUGGUUUGUAAAUGUUUGUGGAUCAGUCUCACCAAAAACUCUGGGUUUAGUUCUUCAUUUCAGCUUUUUGAUUCUUUUCUAAAGAUGCUGAUUUGGUCGCAGCUUUAAGGACAGUGAUUGUGGAGAACUUUGAUUGUUUGUAUUUCUCAUGUUGAAAAAUCUUCAUCAAGUUUGAUAUCAACAACAUCAAGAUGAUGGUUUGUUCAAAUCACCUUCAGUUGGUGCAGAUGUUGAAGGUCUGAGACUUUAGAAAAAAGUGAGGUCAAAAUCACAGAAAAAGGACGACCUUAUUUCCUGUCCCAAAUCCAAGCGUCUAAAGUCUUUCCAUUCGUCCCCAAAAACUCUUCAGAUGAUCUGUUUUUUCUCUGUUUGCUGAAUAUUUGUGUUCAUGUCAUCGAUGGAUAUUUCUGUCUGCUUCUGUUGGAUCAGUGUGUUUGUAAAGACAUCUAGAAUCAGACUUUUGUCAGAUCUACAUGUUGUUAUGAACUUUUUAAUCACUCUAAUAAUAAUAAUCACAUCCAUUAGUUCGACUGUUUUUAUGCUGUUGUUUACUGUUUUCAUGCCAAUAAAGCCUAUUGAAAUUGAAAUUGAGAAAGAGAAAGAGAGAGAGAGAGAGAGAGAGAAAGGGGUGUAGGUGGUGAGAACAUAGAAAAAUAAUUUGGUAUUUGAACCACUCAUCAAUAUAAUCUGAUCUGAUUGUAGUUUAAAACCCUAUUAAUGACUUUUUGAUCUUAAAUAAAUACCCACUUCUUUUCUUUUUCUUUUUUUCUCACACGCCUCGUGCACUGGCUCAGAUAGGGGCCUACUGACACUAGCUGCUUUUACAUGGGUACAAAUAAUCAGAAUAAAUACCUGAUCAGAAUGAAUAUGCGACAUGUAAACAUGUUGAUCAGAUGAUUCUGAUCCAAUUCAGCUCAAUCGAAAAGAAAUUGUAUUCCGAUCAAGAGGGGUGGUUUAUGCCGAUCAUUAUUCCAAAACGCGUCCAUGUAAACACAUAUUCUGAUCGUGACUCUCUUACCUGACUUGGUCUUCACUCUUCAGUCUGGCUUAUUUACUGAGGGUCAGUACAGGAGGGUUCGUUAUUAACACUCAGGUACCGUGUCUGCUCAUUUCACUUUAAUUAGGUUAUUUUUAUUCUUAAACCAGACACCACAAAUCCCUCGCUGGGGUAAGUUUAUUGUUCAGUUUGUGCAACGAAGUGUCGGAAUAUUGAGUUAAACAAAAAGGAAGAGGGCCCAAAUGCAGAAC